AUGGCCGAUAUUCGUCUCGAGGGCCUUAAAAAGCCCGUCAACGCCGUCGAGUAUCUCUACCGACGUCUCUACGAGGUGGGCGUCCGUUCCGUUCACGGUCUUCCCGGUGACUACAACCUCGCCGCUCUUGACUACCUCCAAGGAUGUGGUCUGAACUGGGUUGGCAGCGUCAACGAGCUCAAUGCUGCUUACGCUGCCGAUGGAUACGCCCGUGUCAACAAGAUUGCCGCCAUCAUCACCACCUUUGGUGUCGGUGAGCUCUCGGCCAUCAACGGAAUGGCCGGCGCCUACUCCGAGAUGAUUCCCGUCGUCCACAUCGUCGGCUGCCCCUCGACUGAGUCGCAGCGGAACGGUCGCCUCCUGCACCACACCUUAGGCAACGGCGACUUCAACGUCUUUGCCAACAUGAAUGCCCAGAUCUCGGUCGACGUGGCCAAGCUCGAGGACCCCUCGUAUAUUGCCAACCAGGUUGAUCAUGCUCUGCGCGAGUGUCUCGUCAAGUCCCGCCCCGUCUACAUCAUGCUCCCUGCCGACAUGGUCCAGGCCAAGGUCGAGGGUGCCAGGCUCGACACCCCGCUCGACCUGACACCUCCCGAGAACGACCCCGCCAAGGAGGAGUACGUCGUCGACGUCGUCCUCAAGUACCUCCGCGCCGCCAAGAAACCCAUCAUGCUGAUCGAUGCCUGCGCCAUCCGCCACAACGUCCUCGACGAGGUCCACGCCAUCAUCGAGAAGACGCAGCUGCCCGUCUUCGUCACCCCCAUGGGCAAGGGCGCCAUCAACGAGACCCACCCCAGCUACGGUGGUGUCUAUGCCGGAAACGGCUCCCUUCCCGAAGUUCAGGAGGCCGUCGAGGCUUCUGAUCUCAUCCUGAGCAUCGGCGCCCUCAAGAGCGACUUCAACACCACCGGCUUCUCCUACCGCACCACGCAGCUCCAGACCAUCGACUUCCACAGCGACUACUGCGAGGUCAGGUACUCGUCCUACCCCGGCGUGAGGAUGAAGGGCGUCCUCCGCAAGCUCGCCAGCCAGAUCAACCCGUCCGAGCUCACCAUCAACCCCAGCCCCGUGCCCUCCAACGAGGCCAGCAAGUACCGUGACAGCUCCGACGUCAUCACCCAGGCCUGGCUGUGGCCCCGCGUCGGCGAAUUCCUCCGGGAGAACGACGUCGUCGUCACCGAGACUGGUACUUCGAGUUUCGGUAUCUGGGACACCAAGUUCCCCCCGGGAGUCACCUGCCUCACCCAGGUCCUCUGGGGCAGCAUUGGUUGGUCCGUCGGUGCCUGCCAGGGUGCCGCUCUGGCUGUCAAGGAUCUCGGCGCCGACAGGAGGACCAUCCUCUUUGUCGGUGACGGUUCCUUCCAGCUUACGGCUCAGGAAGUCAGCACCAUGAUCCGCCGCGACCUGAAGCCCAUCCUAUUCGUCCUCUGCAACGAGGGUUACACGAUUGAGCGCUUCAUCCACGGCAUGGACGCCGAAUACAACGACAUUGGCGCAUGGGACCACCAGGCUCUGGUCGAUGCCUUUGGCGGCGCCGACAAGGCUAGGAAGUACUCGAUCAAGACAAAGGACGAGCUUGACCAGCUCCUGACCGACCCGACCUUUAACGCUGCCGACAAGCUCCAGCUGGUCGAGCUUCACGUCCCCAAGAAGGACGCCCCGCGUGCUCUCCUGAUGACGACGCAGGCCACCGAAGCUGCCAAGGCCUCCAAGGAGCACCAGUAG